CUUUGAAACGCUAUAUAAAGUGACAAAGCUGACUCGUUCGCGGGCACGUUCGGGUAUCUCCGCUUCGGCUUAAACUCGCACUUUCCGGCUACGCUGCCGCAAUUUGAAAGGAAUUACGGCCGCUACUUUUCUACGUGCUCCUAUCGGUGGCCAAUAGAGCGGAAGGCGACAAGAUAAUUACACGCGACUCGUUUUAAAGAACGCUGCCCGCAGUGCCGUGCUUCAUUCCCAAGGAUGUCACGUUUCAAGUCAAGCAUCGUUCGCAGGCAACGUUGAAUUGACGUGUCGAAAAGGCACCGUCGAAUUGACAUUGUCAAACAGUACCAACACAUUCCCGAUACCGACGCUGACUUUCCUCUCGACACUUUCGUCCAGGAAAUAAACAUUCACAAUGAAACGCUGUGUCCUACUACUUUGCGUCAUGACGGUUCUACGCAACUCCGAAGCGCUGAAUAAGGGAUCCACAGAUUACGAAGAUAUGUCCUUCUGGCUGAAGUCCGGCCAAGAGACGCUGCACAGGAUCCUGACCUACCGGAACAACGAGAACCGUGCCAAGAAUGUGAUCAUCUUCAUUGGGGACGGCAUGGGUCUGGCCAGCAUCACGGCCGGCCGAAUUUACAAAGGUCAACUCAAGGGCCAGGCUGGCGAGGAAUACCAACUCGCAUUCGAGAAGUUUCCUAACACAGGCCUCGCCAAGACUUACAACGUGGACAUGCAAGUACCCGAUUCCGCGGGAACAGCCACUGCUAUAUUCUCCGGCGUGAAAUGCCGAUACAGCAUUAUUGGAUUGGAUGCUAAAGCCAAGCUCAAGAAGUGCGAUAAAAAGAUCAAUGAGGCUAGCAAAGUGACCACAAUAGCCGAUUGGGCGCAACAAUCUGGCAAAGACACAGGAUUUGUUACCACCACUCGCGUGACCCAUGCCACUCCCGCGGGACUUUAUGCGCAUACCAAUCAUCGAGAUUGGGAAUGUGAUAACAAGAUACCGAAAGACCAAAGGGAUUGCUUGAAGGAUAUCGCGAGACAACUCAUGGAGGAUGAACCAGGAAGUCAAUUCAAAGUUAUCAUGGGUGGCGGUGGACAAUACUUGGGUAUACCAAUGGAAUCAAAUGAAACUGACAGUUGUGUACGGAAUGACGGUAGAAAUUUGGCGAAGGAAUGGCAAGCAGCACAUCCGCAAGGAAAAUUCGUCAACAACACGCAGGACCUCAUGUCUCUCGAUAUCAGCAAAACCUCUCACGUCCUCGGCAUUUUCUCGCCCAGUCACAUGCCGUAUCACGCCGUGAAGACCAGCGAGACGCCCUCGUUGUCCAAUAUGACAUUACAGGCUAUAAGAAUGUUAAAGAAGAGCAAAAACGGAUUUGUCCUGAUGGUCGAAAGCGGCAAGAUUGAUUUAGCUCAUCACGGUAAUUUCGCGAAACUAGCAAUGCGCGAAUUAUCGGAACUCGAAGAAGCAGUCCUAGUAGCUCUUCAGCAGGUGCAAGUAGAGGACACACUAAUCAUCGUCACAGCUGAUCAUUCGCAUUCAUUUUCACUGAACGGAUAUCCAACGAGAGGCAAUGACAUCCUCGGCUUCGCUAACAAAGUCGAAGAUCCGAAAAUCAAGCCUUAUGAAACGCUAUCCUACAUCAACGGUCCAGGAUUUUACUAUCAUCGAAGAAACGACAGCAACAACAUCAACGAGACUUGGAGGAAAGUUGAAGAGGACCCGAAUCGCGAUAAACCCUUCUAUAGGAAUUUCGCUGCUAUCGGCCUCAAAGACGAGACUCACGGCGGAGAAGACGUCGGGGUUUACGCUAUCGGCCCCUACGCGCAUUUGUUUCGAGGUACUUUUGAGCAGAAUUACAUUGCUCACGCCAUAGCAUACGCAGCAUGCUUCAAAGACUGGCCGUCUCAUUGUGACGACGCUUAUCAUCGUUAUUUUUAUGCCAUCAACAUGGAAAAACACAAUGUCAAAUGGCACAAUUCAGCAGGACAGAACAUUAUGUCAUCUAUGACUAUAAUAACUCUUUUAUUAACGAUGAUAUUUUUACGAUUUCGUUAAAUGUGAUAACAACGAUACAUAUUUAGUUAAUUCGCGUGAAAUUUCUUUAAAGAAUUUUUAUCUAUCAAUCAUUAGAAGACGUGUUUAUAAUAUAAGAUACGUAUCAAACACAUAAAUACUAUUGAAUAUAAUACUGCUGUCGAAACAUGAAAAAUAUAAUAUUAUCCAAUAUUUUUUGUACGUUAAAUUUCGUGAUAUAUAAAAUCUUGUAAAAAAUUGCAAACAUUUUUAUUCACAGUUUAUGUAAAAUGGAAAAGUUAUAUGUACUUUUAUGUGUUACUUAUACAAAGGAAAUAGAUACGGAUCUAUGUACAUACUUAUACAUCAUUUUGAAACGUAUAUUUUAGUUAUAAACUAACAAACGAACUGUGUUAGCUUAAAUGAGAGAUGCAAUUAUAUAUAGAUUAUAACUGUGUGUGAUUAAAAUAGUUCUUAAGCUUUUAUGUCAUAAUAAUUAUGUAAAUAUAUAAAUGUAUACGAGAAUAAGUCACUUAAAUGAUAAUCUAACUUAAACAAUUAGAAAAAAAGUUAAAAGUA